AUCUCUAUUUAUAGCAGGCCUACAAAUAGGCGCGAGAGCACAUCACAUUUUCCGAAUCUAGCCAUCGCUUCGCACACCACGCGCAGGGAAAGACCAGGGAGCAGCAGCGGAUCCGCCUGCGCUACAGCCGCUGUCCACUGGGCAAGUCACUGACACUCUAUGCAACCUUUCACUUUGGCAGUGCAGCAGGUAUAGGGCUGCAGAGGGGAUUUGUUUUCACCAGUGGACGGGACGGUGGUUUAGCCAUAAACAGAACGCAGGCUUAACUAGGACAGCCCCUGAAAAGAUCCCGAGACUCCGUAGUGUCAGCACCCUCCCGCAGUCAACAGACUUGGCCACUGGGCUAGUGCGGUUGCUUCAUUUUCCAAGCAUGAAAGGGAUCUGGUUACAUGCUCCUGCGAAAGCUCUCUCACACACCCACCAUAUACACACCAUUCAAGUAACUCACUCACAUAAAAUAAUACAAAUAAAUACGUUUCUACUAAUUACACGUUUACAGCAAAUGUGAAUCCUACAAAUGGCAGUGUCAAUACAAAAUAAGAAUAAAAUAGAGAGGUUACUCGUUUCAAAUUAUUUGCCCAAUUAAUAACCCUAACUACACUAAUUAAGAUGGCUUGAGUUAUAGGUGAAAAAGGUAUAAUGAAAAAGUCUCAAUUAUUUAGUUAAAGAGCGUUUAAACCGUUAUUUCUCUACGCCAAACUCGCUCAUAGUUAUUUAAGUCUCCGGUCCUGUACAAACAGCCGACAGUCAUCUUCAGUACAGCUGAUUAAGUGCUCGAAUAUUCGACGCUUUCCGGUAGGAGGAGGAUUGUUCCAGGAAAUCAAGCCACUAGACCGACACGUUUUCGAGCACGGCUUUCUCCUGCGCUGUUUCAUCUCGAAACGACGAGAGGCGACUACUUUUCAGCGAUGUUUUGGCUUUGUUUACCUUUAUAAACUGAAAAUCGCUGCCUGCAACUCUGAUAUUUGUUGGACGUAUUAUUUGCGUAUAAUCACUUCUUACGGCUUGCAGUUUCAAUAAAGAUGAAAAGUUAAUAAGAUGCCAUGAUGACUUAUUGUCCAGACAGAGCAGAGCCACUCUGGACAAGGGCCUUCCAUACACUUAAAGAAGGUCCAACAGUCAUGAAAAUUGAAGUUGUUAUAGUACAGCAGCCUACGUCUAUGUGUGUUCCACGAAACUUCCCAGUGAUACUAAAAGUUCAAGCAGUAGGCACAGAUCCUUUGAGGUACCAGUGGUUUAAUGGACAACAAGAAGAGUUGGCAGGUGGCACAGAACCAAGCCUCCACCUUUGUCUUCAGAGAUCUGAGAAGUACAUUUGCAGAAUUAGUGACUUGUACUGCAAUUUUGUCUUCACUGACUGGGUCAAAGUAAGGGUCUUGGACUCAGCAGAAGGUGUCCAUCGUACAUGGAGAGGGGAGCCCUAUAUCAUAGUCCACCCCACCCCACACCAAACUGUAAGGCAUGGGGACCCAUUUACUCUGCGGUGUUUAGCACUUGGGAUGCCUUCCCCACAGUACCAAUGGUACCACAACGGCCAUGUCUUACCAAAGGAAAACUCAGAAAUAUUUGAGGUAAAAAGUGCAAAGGCUGAUAGUGCUGGUUCAUAUCUCUGUGCUGUGUCAAAUGUGUUGGAGGAGAGAUGGUCAGAGGGAGCUGAUGUUGAGAUCGCCACCCCCGAUAAGCUUCCAACUCCCACAUUCACAGCAUCGGACAAGGUAGCGCUGCUGAUCGGGAACCUAAACUACGCCCACCACCCUAGGCUAAUGGCCCCGACCAUGGAUGUCCAUGAGCUGUCAAACCUGCUGCAGCAGCUGGGCUUCCGGGUGGUGUCCCUGCUGGACCUCACCCUCCAGGAGAUGGAGGCUGCUAUUGACAAGUUCCUUCAGCUUCUGGAUCGUGGAGUUUAUGCCGUUUUUUACUAUGCUGGCCAUGGCUAUGAGCACAUGGGCAGGAACUACCUGGUGGCUGUGGAUGCCCCACGGCCCUACUGCACAGCGAACUGUGUCUGCGUGCAGAGAGUCAUGCGGCACAUGCAGGAGACGCGGGCGCAGCUUAACAUCAUCCUCCUGGACACCUGCAGGAAAUGGUACAAACAUAGUGGCCCCACCUCUGAGAUCAAUCCACUUGCACCUUUGGGCAACACAGUGUAUGGAUAUGCCACGACAGAGGAUGCAGAGGCUUUUGAGGUACAGGAUGGAGGCAAAAGCACUGGGAUCUUCACCAAAUACCUGAACAAACACAUCCUACAGCCACUGAAGGUCACCCAUAUCUUGGAGCAGGUCUCUGAGGAUCUAGGUAAAGACCAGCUGGUGUGUGGCAGGCAGGUGGUGGAGAUCAAACACACUCUGAAAGAACCACGGGCACUCACAGAUCCUGUGGGGAUGGCUGGGCACACUGUGGAGUUUCGGCUGAGGAAUGCCUACUGGAGACAGGCUAACGUUCUGCCAGGUCGGAGGUGUGUGGACUUUCCGUGUGGAAUUCAGGUGGAACUCAGCUUCUCAGCCUUGUUCUCCAAUGUUAUGCUCGUGUUUGGCACUAUGAGGGACACUGGAUCUAAGGCGCAAGACUGCACUGUGAACCUCAGCAGCAUACCAGCAAUGGAGGACAUUUUCUCAGGUAGUAGCAGAUCAGAUGAAAUGGAUUCCCUCCUGUUAAGCAAAGCUGACAGUCCAAACUGCAGUUUAAGACUGUGUGGCCUUCAAAAGCUAAAGCAGUCACUGGUGCUCAAGGUAGAAUUGCACUACACCCACCCUGACAGGAAGCUGCGUCUGACUGAAUGCGUGGAGCUGGAUGUAGGCCAACCGCUUAUAGCUUCCUGUAAGUUCGGUCAGAGGAUGCUGGAGGACAAGAGACGUGAAGCCUCACCCCACAACCUGAGCCAUGCCUCUUGGCGCACACAUUCUCCAGUUCAGCCCCCUCAACCUGCACGGUCCUCCACCCGCAAGGCAGAGAAUGCCUGCCACAGCUCGAGUGGAGCUGGGUCUUUCAGCACCAAUGAGCCAGUGGAAAAUGAUGAAAAUGACUCAAAUGAAUUCACUAUGUGACAUUCCACCGUUUUAUGUGCGUUCAGCAUACAUUCACCUUAGUUUAGGAGGAGGAACAUGCUUAUAUGAUUUACUGAAGGACUGGAACAAUGGUAAAAUUACUAAUACAAAAUACAAGUCAAACUAAAAUUCUACACAAGUUGAAAAUGUUUUUUUUUUUAAAGUCAAGAAGUGUGUGUGUGUGUGUGUGUGUGUGUGUGUGUGUGUGUGUGUGUGUGUGUGUGUGUGUGUGUGUGUGUGUGUGUGUGUGUGUGUGUGUUCGUGUUCGUUCGUUCGUUCAUGCUGGAAGGCUGAAAGGGUUAUGAAGAUGUAUGGACUGUCCUGCUGGAAAGGAGUCAUUACCAGUUCUCAAUUAAGCAAACACAUAUCAAUGCAUUUAUUUAUACUUAUUUUUUAAUCAUUUGUAUUGUAUAAUUACUUGUGACAUGACUAUAUAAUUAGCUCUUGCUGUGUUGACCAGUGUGAUAAAUAUGUACUAUUGAAUGGAUUUUAAAUGAACUUAAGGCCGAUGACACAUUUGGGACCUUAAACCCUAAAAUCACAGAUUCUGACUUGUAUACUCCUGCUGCCGUUAUUGUAUUGUGAUUUGUAAAGCAGUACAUGCAGAACAAGAUGUACAUGCCAAAUGGCAUUAAACAAUUAAAAAUAUUUGAUCCUGCCAAACAA